GGCUGAAAACAAUCGUUGGAGCUCUGAUCCAGUCAGUGAAGAAGCUGUCAGAUGUGAUGAUCUUGACUCUUUUUUGCCUGAGCGUCUUUGCUUUGGUCGGACUGCAGCUGUUCAUGGGAGUUCUAAAACACAAAUGUGUGCUCCAGCCAUCCAAUCACAACUUAACUUAUUAUAUUGUUAACAAGACAGAGGUGUGUUACCUAACACCCGAAUGCAAGGAUUAUAUUAACAAUCAGAGUAACCAUUAUAUCCCAACAGGAAAGAAAGAUGCUCUGAUCUGUGGGAAAAGUAGUGAUGCUGGGCAGUGUCCAGAAAAUUAUUUAUGUAUUAAAGCAACUCCCAAUCCAGAUUAUGGUUACACAAGCUUUGAUUCCUUUGGCUGGGCCUUCCUUUCCUUAUUCAGACUGAUGACUCAAGACUACUGGGAGAAUCUUUACCAACAGACUCUUCGGGCCGCAGGAAAAAGCUACAUGAUUUUUUUCGUGCUGGUCAUUUUCUUGGGAUCCUUCUACCUGGUGAACCUGAUCCUGGCUGUGGUUGCCAUGGCAUAUGAUGAACAAAAUCAAGCCACUAUUGAUGAGGCUUUGAAGAAAGAGGAGGAGUUUAAUGCCAUGCUCCAGCAGCUGAUGAGACAGGAGGAGGAAGCUCAGGCUGCGGCUGAAGCGUCCAAGUGUGAUGGGCUCAGUGGAGAAAAGACAGACUCUUCCUCGGACGCCUCCAAACUCAGUUCCAAAAGUGCCAAAGAAAGACGCAACCGCAGGAAAAAGAGACAGCGUCAGGGGGAAGGUGAGAAAGAGGAGGAUUCGAACAUAGAGGGAAAUGAUAGAAAGGCCAGCUUCCGUUUUACAGCUGAUGGAAAAAUCCGGCGCUCACGUGAAAGGACUUGCACGUCUCCACAUCAG